AUGAGCAUCAAGACUUAUGUGUGGAGUCUCCUAAUACCUCAAAUUGUCUUACUUCUGUUCUCGCCACUUCUCCGCAAUAAACCGAUUUUCAGGUGGUACUACACGCGGGUUUUCCACCCUGUUUUUGUCGAUGUAAAUACGUUCCGAUGGAAAUUUCGCACUAUCCCGAUAUUCUACCUUUCCGUGUACAUAUAUUGUACCGCGCUCUACUUCAGGGACGUUGAAGGGCUUGUUCGGCCACGUUUGUAUGUGCUGGAGCGAUGGGUGAUCAUUCCCACGAUAAUAGCCGCUCCCAUCUGCGCUGGAUUCCUCACAUUGACUAAGCGGCCCACGACAUCAAGAAACUGGCACUCGUCUGAACCUUAUGAUAAUCUGAUAUUUCAUGCGGGCAUGUCCUGCAGAACAUGCAAACUCCCGAAAUACGCAAGGUCCAAGCACUGUGCAAUAUGCAACCAGUGCACCCAGCUGUCCGAUCACCACUGUAUAUGGGCUAAUAAUUGCAUUGGCUUGGGAAAUUAUCAGUUCUUUUACGGAUUCUUGGUUUCCAACGUUUUUCUAACAACUUAUGGGUUUCUACGGCUACUGACGUUACGAGGGCUCAAUCGGCACAGAUCCUUGUUGGUUUUAUCCAUAUUAUUAGGAUGCUUUGCCGUCAUUCUUAUGGUAUUUACGUACUUUCAGCUCGUCCUCGUUCGUGAUGGCAUGACUACCAGUGAGGAGUCCAAGUGGCUUGUGGUGCAUGAUAUGCUGAGCCAGGGAAGGUUAGUGAUCGACCAAACAGGGCGAUAUUUCUAUCGCAUAGAAGAUGAAACUCAAAUGGGCCACUCAGCUGGUGUCAAAAACUAUGCAUUCUACUCAACAAACCCUUAUGACGAUAAGCUCUACCGCGUGCCGUUUUAUGAAGUGGUGCGGGGCGUGAAUGAAAUAACGAACAUCUAUGACAAAGGCACCUUUUGGCUGAACCUCAGGUCUAGAAUACACUCCGAAUGA